GAGGGCACUGCCCCCUGACUUCCAGGGGCCUUCUGGGGGGCGGGCAGGCUACUCCUUUCCUCUUUUUCUUUUUCUUUUACCAUGGCUGAGCUGCUGAAGUGUCGUCAGCAGUCGCAGGAGCCAGGAGAGGCCAUUGGUGUACUCUUGACCACAAUGAAGAGUCCAGAUAAUUUUACCGAGUACGACUAUUACAGCCCUGAUCACGAUUAUACCAUCACGGAAGAGCGCUCCAGCAAGGCACCGAUGCACGACUCGGAGACCAUCACUCGGAACCUUUCCGUUUUCAUCUACAGCAUGAUCUGCCUCCUGGGCUUAAUGGGCAAUGGGCUGGUCAUCGGAAUCAUCGUCUUCAAGAUGAAGAAGUCCGUCAACGCCAUCUGGUUCCUCAACCUGGCUGUUGCUGACUUCUUGUUCAACGUCUUCCUCCCGCUGACGAUCAUCUACACAGCCUUGGGCUACCACUGGGUGUUUGGCAAGGGCAUGUGCAAAGUCAACUCCUUCUUUCUCAUCCUUAACAUGUACACCAGCGUGUUCUCCUUGGCCAUCAUUAGCAUCGACCGCUGCAUCUCGGUAGUCCUCCCGAUCUGGUCCCAAAACCACCGCAAUCCUAAAAUUGCGUGCUUAUUGUGUCCCUUUAUCUGGGUGCUGGGCAUCUUAAUGAGUUCCCCAUCCUUGGUUUUCCGGGACACUGAAACGCACGCAGGAAAAGUUAUUUGUUUCAACAAUUAUUAUUUCCCCAACUCUACAGGCAAUCCCCACCUACACGAUAGGAGACACGUAACGGUAAAUGUCACAAGGUUUCUUGCAGGGUUCGUCAUGCCCAUGGCCGUUAUCACUGUUUGUUACAUGAUCAUUAUUUUCCGGCUGAGAAGGAUCCGCCUUGCCAAGUCCAAGAGACCUUUAAGAAUAAUUAUUGCUAUUAUAAUGACCUUCUUCUUGUGUUGGUGUCCCUACCACGUCUUCCACCUGUUGGAAACACAACACCACUCGGUCCAUCGCCCUGUCUUACAGAUUGGGUUGCCUAUCGUAACCGCGGUUGCCGUUGCCAACAGUUGCAUGAACCCCAUACUUUACGUCUUCAUGGGCCAGGAUUUUAAAAAGUUUAAGAUGACCUUCCUGUCCAGGAUGGUCAACGCCUUGAGCGAAGACACUGCUCAUUCAUCUCUCCCGCGCAGGAGCUUCACGAAAGGCUCUUCAGUGACAGAAAAGGAGACGAUUUUACUCUGAGGUUGACAUGGAUCUCUUUGAUCUAACACCUGUUGAUCUGCCAUCAUCUUUUGGUCCACCCACAGAGAUUCAGUUGGGAUUGAUGAUGGUUUUUCACCUGGAUCGCACUGGAAGUAUCAUUCUGUUAUUUUCCAGCAGUUUCAGAAGGGACAUGGAUUUGUAUUAACAAAACUGUUGUUUUUGUGAUCUGUUGUCCCCGCAAGAUUGGACACGUUGACUUGGCCAUUAUUAUGUAUCAUAACUAUAGCACUUUCCAGUUACCUUCAAGCUUUUUCAAGGCUAUUUGUAUGAUAAGCACUUGGUCAUAUUCUCCCAGCAGGCAUCAAGGCCAAGCCACAAAACCCAACCUCUACCCUGUGACACACUCAUCCUCAAUGUUAACUGUGCAGCAGCCACAGAACUAAUGUUCUGUGGGUUUUCACACUCCACUCUCUGAGCAGGGGGAAGGUCAGGCAGCUUUUCAAAGAGUUUGCUUCCUUUGAAGGAGAGACAGCACCAAAGGGUGUUUUAAUAAACUCAAGUGGCUGUGUUAGCGAAAAAGCAAAAGAAGGAACCUGUCACACCUCAAGGACAAACACAAUGAUUGUCACACACCAUUUCAUGAGCUUGAACCCUCGAAUAUUAUGCAGCAAUGAAUUUGUUAGCUGUUAGGGCUGCAAUCUCCAGUCUUUUUGAUCCUGUGGGUACCUUUGGGAUCUUGACACAGCGUGGUGGGUGCAGCCACAAAAUGGCUACUACAGGAGGUGAAGCCAGCCACAAAAUGGCCACCACAGCUUAUCUUCGGUUACAUGGUGAAGAUCCUUGUGCUGUGGCGACGGCAGCUGCUGAAGCCUACAUUUUAAGAAAAUCUCUGCUGUCAAUCAAAUGCCGUCAAUCUCUGCCGUCAAUCAAUUUAUGUUGUAAGCCGCCCUGAGCCCGCCUCGGUGGGGAGGGCGGGAUAUAAAUCAAAUAAAUAAAUAAUAAAUAAAUUUCCAGUGGCUAAUCAGAAAACUUACUGGGCAAAAUCCCCACCUGGUCUCACCCACUUUCUAAAAAUACAUGAAGGGCACCAAAAAAGGUGCCAGCAGGAACCCAGGGCACCCACAGGCAGCCACAGGAUUCUUGUGAGUUUUUAUUACAAAUUGACAUUAUUUGUCGAUGUGGUGGUGAAGCAGGCAUAGCUGAAUCUAGACAAAAGCCAAAUCCCCACCAGCCUCCGGUGAGGGACUUGUUUAGUGCGCGCUUUGUGCAUGCGGCGCGAUGAUGUCACUCGCGAGUGAUGUCAUCACGCUGGCGACAUUGCGCGCCGGCUGCUCUAGGCAUUUCCGGGGAAACUCUAUUGUUUUCCUGGGCGCUCUAGCAUUUUGGGAGGGAAAAA